GCGUUUUAAUUUUUUUUCAGCUUUAUUGAACAUACCAUUAAAGCCCAGCAAGUUGGCGUGCUGGUUUAAGUCAGUGGAGCAGCGUCACGUCGUACGUAAUGACGUAAGUAUCUACGGGGCGGAGGAAAGGGGGGCUGGUUAACCGUUAAUUACCCGACACCACUUUGACUCCACCAGACAUACGACUAAAAAUGGACUGGUUCCACUGUAACCAGUGCUUCACAAGGACCGGGUCCAAAUUUGCUGUUUCCAGUUGUGGACACAUCUUGUGUCAAGCAUGCAUUAAACCCAACCAGUGUCCUGUAUGUGGAGCCAGCUGCAGUUACAUGGCCAUCUCUGAUGACAUGCAACCGCAGGGAAAGGUGUUUUUUAAGGACCCGUUAAACCUCAUUCAGUCAAAGCUAGCCAACAUUACACAGAUCGCAAGUUUCCAGAGAGCGCAGAUGGAAAGAGUCACAGCUCAUUUUAAGAAGAAGGCUUCCACAAUGGAGAGGCAUCUUAAGGAAGUCACAGAGCAGGCGUACAGGCAUCUCUCAGAGCUGAAAAAGGAGAAUGACAAUUUUAAAAAGCAGCUUUCAGAACUUAGUGGUGAGAAUUCCGAACUGAAGAAGCAGCUGUCGGAGCUGAGGAGAGAAACCGAGGAAUUAAAAAAGCCACUUUCCCAGAGGAGAAUUUCUCCAAGACCUUAUCAAACAGAUGGGGCUCAGAGGGUGUCACUCCCAGUGGCUGUUACUUCCCCAGUUACACCUCGAUCAAGAACUAUGAGUCGCGUCAGCUCUGCAGAGUCCAUGCGUUGGGCCCGAGACAGGGGUCCUAGCCUCUCCCUCACUACCCCUGGAUCAAUUGCCUCCAUUUCUAGUCACAGCUCUCUUCUCGAUCGGAGAACACCUCCUGUUUUCAGCACUCCAACAAGGAAUCAGGCUACUGUUUUCCAGUUCCCAUUUAUGAAUGGAUUGUCAAUAGAGUCACCUCGACAUUGAUUUAAUGUCCAGUGACACUAAGGACAUUUGUUCAGUGCUUUUGUUGCAAAAAAAAAAUAAACUUGCCUUCAUGCAAAUGUU